CCAAUCACGACGCCGACGCCGAUUCGUGUAGGGGACGCGAUUCGCUGAGGGCUGCAAAUAGAGUGCUUCACGAUAUCCGCGACAUCGGCAUUCGAUAGUGAAGCAUCGUGGCCGCCGCCCGUGGUUGGCUCACUUUCUAUUUACCACUCUACACGUGUAAAAGCCGCCGCCGGGACGUCCUUUUGCUUUCCCCGUUGCCCGUCUCCCGUUCGCUAGUCAAUGGAACACGAUGGGGGAGUUGGGGACACAGCCUGCACACAAAAGCGUUCUAGCCCAGCCCUGUCAACACGUCCCGCCCGCUUUUGCCUCCAAGCCGCGCUCCACGAUAACCAACCUAACCUUUUCCUAAAUGUGUCUUUUUUUUUUUUUUUUUCUCCGAGCGCUUGUCUUGUUCCUGUUUCUGUUCCUCUUCUCUGCUUCUCCCGGACUCAUUCCGUCCCCGACACCAAGCAUUGCUCUGGGGCACCACCGCAGAUCUCGGUCGCGCUUCGGACGAGGGAUCUGCUUGUUGCGAUCCACCUUUUCAGGUCAUCGUGCCAUCUCUUCCUCCACAACCGAGUCCUCCACCUCGUUGUUUCCAUACCGGAUCCCCAAAUCCAACCACGACACAUUUCCAUUCUUUGUCAUCCAGCCAUCGCCUCCGAGCACACAAACACGCGCCACCCAGGGACCAAGCCUAGCAAAGAACGAAAUCCUGUGCUUGCGCAGCUUCCAGGUUGUCUUCGAGAUCGGCAUGCACAAUUAACCCUUAGAAUUAUUUCCCCAUACUUUCCACCUCUCCUUUUGGCCAGUCCUGCCAGUCUAGAACGAGGGGUCUCUGACGUACCGGUGCUUACACACCACCUGACUACGCCAUCUUGACCGUUAUUCUUCUACACCCUUUUCCGAAUACCGAAAAUGAUCGUUGCCCUCACCAACAGCAUGACCGAUGCAUAGGUAGUUAUGCUAUUGCACGCCUGUUAAGCGCGUCUCUGCUUCUUGCACGACACGGCAAGCCAACACAAAAGAGAGAGAGAGAGAUUGGACGGAAGCUCGGAUAUCAAAGAAAAUCUUAUCCUCACAUAGGCUUCCCCGCCAUCCUUGGAGGUUCGCCAAGCGUCAUCACUCAACACCAACAUCACUUAUCCCCCAUCCCAACAACGGUUCCUCGACUAUUCGCGUCAGGUUCCACGGAACUGCUUCGAGAACUGAGAAUAUUUCCAAGUUUUCUGGCAAACCAUCAU